UCUUCUUAUAUUUUCUUGCCGUCAUGCCCCGCUUGGGAACUGGAGAUGUCGAGUCACUUCGUGCUCAUUCCGUUCCGAUUCCAUCAAAUAUCGACCCAUGUGCCUCUUCCGACUGGUUCAAAUCAGCACAUGCAAAGUCUAGACCAACCUCCAAAGAUUUGAGUCAUCACUUCAGUAUUGAAAGCCGCUCGCUCGUUGGUUCGGCAAUAAAAGCAUUCGCCAACCAACAUAAAACCAGCAAAAUCAUAGCUCUUGGGGAGGGGAGACCGGUACCGGAGUAUUAUCCUUGGGAACAUCUUUCAUUCCGGGGUAUAUCAUCGUCGCUGAACAAUAUUGAAGCCGGAAGCAAGGAUGAAGGAGCAUUGCAGAGUGUGGCAAAGCAAGGCGACUCGUACAACAUUUCUUCUGCUUUAAAUUACGGUCACGCAGUAGGCUCAUCAUACCUUGUACGUUUCCUAACGGAACAUGUGGAAAUGGUGCAUGAUCCGCCAUACGCAGAUUGGAAAGUUUGCCUCAGUUGUGGAUCAACAUCUGCACUGGAGUUGGCGCUGCGUAUCUUUUGCAACAGAGGCGAUACAGUUCUGACCGAGCAAUACACUUACUCUACGGCCAUUGAGGCCGCUACUCUGGUCGGAUUACGUGUACAGGGAGUCAGCAUGGAUCCCGAGGGACUUCGACCGGACUGCUUGGAUGAAAUUCUUCGAACUUGGGAUCCCUCACGAGGACCGAAACCGAGACUCUUAUACUCGAUCCCUACUGGACAGAACCCGACAGGCACAACGCAGUCGGCAGGAAGAAGACAAGCAAUUUAUCAAUUAGCAGAGGAACAUGAUUUAAUAAUCGUGGAAGAUGAUCCGUAUUAUUAUCUUCAACUGGGCCCAUACCUUGACCGACCAUCGACACGUGAUAACACGGAGGAAUUAAAGCUUGAUGAAACAUUCAUCAAUCCAAGUCAAGUGCCAUCAUACUUGUCGAUCGACCGGUCUGGCCGUGUCGUUCGCCUUGAUUCGACGUCCAAGAUACUUGCCCCUGGACUUCGCACUGGCUGGGUCACGGCAAGCAGCGCGAUCAUUGAGAAAUUUGUGUGCUACAAUGAUGUCUGCGUCGGAGGGGUAAAUGGUCCAUCGCAGCUUAUGCUAUGGACACUACUGGAUAGGAGCUGGGGGCAUUCCGGCUUCCUCACAUGGCUCGAAAAUCUCUCCAAAGACUACUGUUCUCGUCGGAAUAUAAUCUUACAAGCCUGUGACCGCUAUUUUCCAAAAGACAUUUGUCACUGGACGCCGCCAGAGUUCGGCAUGUUCCUAUGGAUAAAUUUAGAUUUAGCCAAACAUCCGGUACAUCGAUCGGCAACAUCGUUAGGCGGUGACCAUUCCCAGCAAGCGGAAAUUGAGGAACGAAUACAGUCAAAUGCACUGAAAAAUGGCGUCAAAGUUGCUAAGGGGUCCUUAUUUUCUGCGGACAGACGUUACGACGGCAAACUUCAGUUCCGUAUCACAUACGCAGCUGCUUCAAAAGGCGACUUGGAUGAAGGCGUUCGAGGCUUGUCAAAUGCCAUACGGAAAGAGUUCUCACUUUCACCUAUUUGAACAGGAGAGAGGAAUUGUCGCUUCUAGUAUAGAUACAUGGAUAAGAUGGAUGUAGCUAGGUUAGCUGAAUUAUUCAAGCCUACCAACCCCUUUGGGUAUCUGCAUUUUAACAACCAACCGAGAGCGAAGCACAAACAAGGCAAAUUAGCAGGCAAGGAGACAAGGCAUAGAAAAGACGCCCUGCCUCAUGGCACCGUGCAUGACCUCGCCAAUUCUGAUGCAAGGGG